CCGGAAGUGCGUGGGCAGCCCGGCUGGCCCUGUGCAGGGUUUUCAGGAAACAUGGAAGCGGCGGCUGUAGUUGGAAUUGAAGGACUUUUGUGGUGAUCCCCCGGGUGCCCUCUGAGAGGAAAGGGGAGGAUGCCACUGGAAUCAUCUUCCUCUUCACUGCCACAAUCCUUGCCUUCUCCAUUACCCUCAGUACCAGACAGUAUUACCAACUCCUCCCCUCCUCCAAUGUCUUAUAUCACUUCCCAGGAGAUGAAGUGUAUUCUUCACUGGUUUGCCACUUGGUCUGCUCCCCAGCGUGAACGUUUUCUACAGGACAUGGUAGCUAAAGCAGUGCCAGGAAAAUUACAGCCCCUGCUGGAUAGUCUGGAGCAGCUUAGUGUAUCUGGGGCAAAUCGACCACCUUGUAUCUUUGAAUGUCAGCUACGUCUCUGGGAUCAGUGGUUUCGAGGUUGGGCUGAGGAGGAACGCAAUGAGUUUGUCCGGCAGCUAGAAGUUAGUGAACCAGAUUUUGUGGCAAAGUUUUACCACGCAGUGGCUGCUACAGCUGGAAAGGACUGAUAGAUAUUCAGAUGAAAGAAGAUACCAUAGCUAAUGGAGCCAAGGCCAUAACUCUACAGUGAAACCUCUGUUCACAUUUGCCACUUGAAGAUUCUGGGGUGGUAUCCAGUGAACUGACUGAACUUGCUGAUAAGCACAGACAUGCUUAUUUCAAUGUUACCAGUUUAUCAACUGGACUCUUAAUGGAAAUGUUACUUGUUUAAGCAAAUCCAGAUCAUAACAAUCUUCUAGUUUGCUUUCCAAGUGAUGCCAAACCUCAAGAAUUCAAUGACUUUCACAGCUAUAACCAAAAAGUACCUACUGUUAAUAACUAGUCUAUGGUCCAUAAUGAGAAUAAAG